AUGCAUAUACUGAAUACGCCAAGAAUUAUCCACAAUCCUCAACUUGGAAGCAGGCAAAUAAAGCUUGGGACAAGGCGCAACGCCACAACAAUUGAAGCAACCGAAAACUCCACAAUGCAUAUACUGAAUACGCCAAGAAUUAUCCACAAUCCUCAACUUGGAAGCAGGCAAAUAAAGCUUGGAACAAGGCGCAACGCCACAACAAUUGAAGGUCAGUUUUCUAGUGUAUUUAAGGUUAGGUUCCAUUCAUCAAUAUAG